AUUUCUUUCCCUUCCUUCCACCUCCUCCAUCUCUCUCAAUCAUUUCAUCUCUCUCUGUGUAGAGGUUUCUAGGGUAACCACAGCAGCGAUCGAAACGAUGUCGUCCGGAAGGAAGAUAACGCUGAAGAGCUCCGACGGCGAGUCGUUCGAGGUGGACGAGGCGGUGGCUUUGGAAUCGCAGACCAUCAAGCACAUGAUCGAGGACGAUUGCGCCGACAAUGGGAUCCCUCUCCCCAACGUCACCAGCAAGAUCUUGGCCAAGGUCAUCGAGUACUGCAAGAAGCACGUCGACGCUGCUCCUAAGUCCGACGACCGCUCCUCCUCCUCCGGCGACGAUGAGCUCAAGAACUGGGACGCCGACUUCGUCAAGGUCGACCAGGCCACCCUCUUCGAUCUCAUCCUGGCUGCAAACUAUCUCAACAUCAAGAACUUGCUCGACCUUACUUGCCAAACGGUGGCGGACAUGAUCAAGGGGAAAACACCUGAGGAGAUUCGCAAGACAUUCAACAUCAAGAAUGACUUUACACCAGAGGAAGAGGAGGAGGUCCGCAGGGAGAACCAAUGGGCUUUUGAGUGAAGGUCAUAAAUAUGAAGAAACCUGUUUUUGUUGUUUGUUGCUCUUUAUGUGCUAUGGUCUGUCUGUUUCUGAACUGCUUUUUCUUUACUUAGUGAACUACGUUUCGUUGGAUAUGCUUCUCCACAGACAAUAAUUACUUUCCUCCAUGUUACCCCUUGCCCUUCUAAUUUACAAGUUCUAUUGUUCUCCAGUUCUCUUUCGCUAUAUUAAAUGUGAUUCUAAUUC